AUGCAAAAUGAAGACCGUAUUCUCCAUGGUGUAGUGACAGAGAAGAAAAAGGCGGACGAGGCUUUCAAUGCAGCCCGAAAAGAUGGGCAGACGGCUGGUAGGGUGUCGGAGGCCGCUCCAACCCCGGGACGCGCAAUGAAAAAUUUCGUCGUGUAUAUGAACGUGGCAGCAAUGUCUGAAGCUACUUUCAAACUUUCAUAUCAAGAACUUGUCAAGAAGGUUUUGGGAAAAUAUACCCAAAAAAUACACAUAGAACCCAAUCAAAUUGUGGACAAUAUCACAGUCAUUGCUUCGUAUCAUGAGCCCCAGGGUAUUGAAAUGUUUUCAUACGCUCUACCAGAUUCGAGAGUGUUCUCGUCAAGUUCGAUUGACUCGCAAAGUACCGUUGUACAUGCGUCUGAAAGUAUAAGAGAACUCGUUUACACUCCUUCGACAGUGACACAGCAAGAUUUCGGUGAUGCAGGCAACGGGUUGAAAGGUGAUAUUACACUGAGGUAUACUUUGACUCCUCCGGUAACCAACGGAGGGACAAUCAUUGUCAACGAUGGCGCGUUUGUCCACUAUUUCUCGCCGUCCGGUUUGUCGACUCUAAGCAAAACAAUUGUAUUUGUCAUCGAUGUCAGUGGUUCCAUGAGCGGAGACAAAAUUAAACAAGUGAAAGUAGCAAUGCACUCGAUAUUGAUACGACUAAGAGAAAAUGAUUCUUUUAAUAUCAUUGUAUUCAAUGCUGAUGUACAUCGGUGGCAACCGGGUCCAGUGAUGGUAACCAGUGAACGUAUUUCCGCUGCCAAGUCAUAUGUUGAUAGGAUGAAAGCAGAAGGAGGCACCAACAUCAAUGACGCGUUGAUCUCCGGAGUUUAUAACAUCAACAACGCUUUGAGAAAUCGAGGGAACCUGGUUGUAUUCCUCACGGAUGGUGUUCAGACUGCGGGUGAACAGCGCCCAGACGUCAUACUCGAAAACGUCCAAGGAGCAAACCAUGACGGGUUAGUUUCAAUUUUCUCUCUGGGUUUUGGGGUUGGAGUGAAUUUUGAGUUUCUGAGAAAAAUAUCACUUCGAAAUUAUGGAACUGCUUAUAAAAUAUACGAGGACAAAGAUGCAAGUAAACAACUGGGUGACUUUUUUAGAGAAAUAGAAUCUGUCACACUAAGGGAUGUCAAGUUUCAAUACCCCGUUGAAAUUGUAGUAAAAGAAGACCUAACCGAAACAAGCUUUUCCAAUUUCUUCAACGGUUCUGAAAUUGUCGUAGCUGGAAACCUUCAACCUGAAGUGGACCUCCUAACGAAUCCUUUGACUGCGUCAAUCCUCGCUGUUGGUGCGAACAGAGACGUCAUCUUCAGUUCUACGGCCGAACUUGAGAGCACAGGAGAAACACAACAGUUUACUCAGAGGCUUUGGGCUUAUAAGAAGAUAAAGGAAUAUCUGGAUCGGGCCUUGAUAUCGAACGAAGAGGACAGAGAAAGGUAUGAACAGAAAGCAUUGACAUUGUCACUGAGAUACAGCUUUGUGACGCGUCUGACGUCAAUGGUCGUCACGGAGGCGGUCAAUGCUGGAAAUACAGGUUUCGGACAACUAAAUAGGGUCGGUUUGUCUGCAAUGAAAGCCAACUACGGUUCAAAUAACUACGGUACAAAUAAAGGCACAUGCGCCUCACUGACUACUACGUGUGCCGUGGUCAUGUUUCUGGUACAUUUCGUUCGACUUCAUUUGUGUUGA